UGUGCCUGAGAAGAGGCAGGCAGGGAGGCAGAGAGAGCAGAGCGAAGCCCCAAGAGCCGCUGGUGUCAACAUGCCCACAACACGGUUCUGGCUGGGACUGGUCCUCUGCUUGCUCUGCACAUGGACCCCACAGACCUUCGGGGACCUGGGCCUGUCCUCCACGGAGGGUCCUCCAGGCCCGGCAAAUAGCGAGGGCUCUGGAGGGGAGGAACCAGCGCAAAGCCUGGCUGGGGUGGGGAAGCAGAUCUUAGACGUGGCCAAUGGGAUUCGGGACCUGGUGCGGACAUGGGACCAGGAGCCGAACAGCAAGGCUCCAGAAAUCACUGGUGCCGCACCGACAGCCCAACCAACUGAUGGACCUGUGACUCAGCAGGGAGGAACCAUCGAUGUUACCGGGCAAGCAGAGGUCACUUCAGGGGAAACCAGUCCACAGAGCAGCACUGAAUCUCAACCUGGGGAAUGGAGAACAUUGACAGAAGAGACUGGAACUGGAUCCCAGCCUGGUUCUGAUCCUACGCAUGUGACUGAACAGGGACUCACCAUUAUUGUUACCAGGCAACCAGAGGUUGCGUCUAUGGGAACUGAUCUGGAUAACAGCACCUCACAAGUGCAGGUUGUAGAAUCUCAACCUGGAGAAGGAUCUGGACUCAUAACUUUACCGGAAACAACCAUCACUGUCACUCGGCAACCGGAGGUCACGUCUACGGGAAGUGAUCUUCAUAACAGCACUUUUCAAGAACAAGGUGUAGGGCCUGAGCCCGGGGAUGGGGGAUUGUUGAGGGAGGACAAUGAAAAUGGACUCCAGUCUGUUUCUGAAUCUGUAAAUUUUACUGAACAGGGUGUGACCAUCAGUGUAACUUGGCAGCCAGAAGUCACUUCUGUUGUGCCUGAUCAGUUCAACAUCACUGGAUCUGGACCUGGGUAUGAGGUACCGCUGAGGGAGGACAGCAAAAAUGGAUCCCAGUCUGAGACCAAAACUAAAUCAGGAUUUGACUUUGACUCUGCAUCAGUAUCUGAUUCCGGCUCUGGUUUUGCUUCUGUGUCUGAAUCUACAUCUGAAGUCCCAUCUGAACCUGGAUCCAGGUCCACACCUACAUCUGGCUUCUCUCUGUUGGAGACUGUAGCUGUCACGGUUGUCCCCACUGAAGCUGCAGAACCUGCUGGCCUCAAUGAGAGCUUCCCUGCUAGGAAGCAGCUGCUGGAGCAGGGUGUGGAGAUGGUCACCUUCUCCCAGAGUGGUGCUGCUGGCAAGCCUAAUGGGACGACUAUGCAGAAUCACACGGAAGGAAGGACCGUGUCCCUCCCGCAACUGGUCGGAGACCCACCCCCAGAUGGCAUUACCCAAGUGUUUGCACCUGACAGCCGCCCAGGCUACAUGUUUGGUCCAGGAGCAGCCCAAGAGCAGCUGGCACGCACACACCUGCCCAGCCCCUUCUACCGCAACUUCUCGCUGCUCUUCUUCCUGCAGCCCUCGUCCCCAGAUGCGGGCAUGGUGCUGGCUAUCACCGACACUGCUCAGCAGCUUGUCCUCCUGGGCGUCAAACUGUCUGCCCUGGAAGGGAGCGCUCGCCAGGUCCUGUUCUAUUACACGGAGCCCGGCUCGGCUCAGUCCCGUCAGGCAGCCAGCUUCCGCGUGCCCGCGCUGGCCUCUGGCUGGAGCCGAUUCGCCCUGUCGGUCGCCGGCAACAUGAUCACCCUCUAUGUGAACUGCGACGCUGACCCCCACUUUGCGCACUUUGUGCGCUCCCCCAGCGAACUGGAGCUCGAGGCUGGUGCAAGUGUGUUUGUGGGCCACGCCGGAGGAGCCGACCCCGACAGGUUCCUGGGUGUCAUAGGAGACCUGAAGGUGGUGGGAGACCCCCGAGCAGCAGAACGACACUGUGAGGAGGAGGAGGAGGAAGAUGAUGACUCAGAUGUGGCCUCAGGUGACUCUGGGAGUGGUGAUGAGGACAGGAGCCCAGUGGAAACGGUAACGCCUCUGUCCAUGCGUCCCAUCAAAGAACCCCCUUUGACCUCAAAGUUACUCUCACAAGUGGACUCCACGCUAAGGGAGACAGGAGACGAGGGCGAGAGAGGAGGCGGAGCUUCGUCGGGGACGCAGGAAGAGCCCGUCCUCACAGAAACGGGAAGUACCGGCAUUCAGUACCUGGGUUCAAAGGGUGACCGUGGCCCACCGGGACCACCCGGACCACCCGGCCCCCCCGGCCCACCAGGGCCUCUGUCGGAGGUGGUGACGGGUGGUGACGGUUCAGGGAUCCAGCAAGCGAUGGGACCCAGGGGGCUGCCAGGGCUUCCGGGCCCUCCAGGUCAACCUGGACCUCCGGGGUCCAACGGAGAGCCGGGGGAGCGUGGUACAGACGGGACUCCGGGGGUUGUGGGACCCAGAGGAUUCCCAGGAACGCCAGGGGAGGCAGGCGCCAAAGGCCAAAAAGGAGAGCGCGGUGAGGGGCAUCCGGGCCCUCGGGGGCCCCCAGGGCCUCCUGGACCACCGGGACCCCCUGCGGGCAACAGACUGACCUUUGUGGACAUGGAGGGCUCAGGCUUUCCUGACCCGGACAGCUUACGCGGACCGCCUGGACCCCCCGGGCCCCCAGGACCUCCUGGCUUACCAAGCACAGCAGAACCACUUGGAACCCCAAUGAUUGGGCCCCCCGGCCCCCCAGGAAAGGACGGCCAGCCGGGUCACUCUGGCCCACCUGGGAACAGUGGACGUCCAGGGGCCCCGGGGCCAGUAGGAAAGAAGGGGGACCGUGGGGACAUGGGCAUCUCUGGGCCAGCAGGACAGAAGGGCUCCCAGGGACCACCAGGUCUUCCAGGUAGACCAGGACUAGACGGAUUGGCUGGGCUUCCGGGACCCAUGGGACCCCCUGGUCCACCGGGCCCACCAGGACCCUCCCGUCCCCAUUUCUACGGAGACUUGGACAACGUAGAGGGUUCUGCGCUGGGUCCAGUUGGAAAUGGACCAAGGGGACCGCCGGGUCCACAGGGUGUCCCAGGAGUAGCUGGUGUACCUGGCCAGCCGGGCAAACCUGGGCCACCGGGGGAGAAAGGCAUCCAGGGGAGGGACGGCACACCGGGACUCAACGGCUUCCCUGGGCCACAGGGCCCAAAGGGCGAGAAAGGAGACAAAGGAGAGCAAGGGCCACCUGGUCGAGACGGUAACAGCAUCCCAGGGCCACCUGGCCCCCCCGCCCCAGGACGCGUAAUAUACCAGACGUCAGAUGGCGGUGACAAGAGUGAGAGCGCAGAACUGUACCUGGAUGGACUGACGGGGCAGAAGGGAGACAUGGGGCCUCCAGGACCAGCUGGACCUCCAGGGCCUCCAGGACACAAGGGGGACAUUGGACUCCCGGGCAGACCGGGUCGUCCAGGGCUGAACGGGAACAAAGGUCAGAAAGGAGAGCCGGCCGGAGGAGCGGGACACGGACACCCGGGGCCCCCCGGACCACCAGGACCCCGGGCCCCCCCGGACCGCCACCGUCCACGGACGGGUUCGCCUUUGACGGCGCCACCCAGGUGCAUCCAGGUGAGUCCGCCGCACACCUGGAGACGGUACAGUAGAGCCGAACGCUCGUUUCGAAGAGAUACGCACGUGCCGUACUUUACCCGCUCCCCACAUUACAUGCGCUACCAGCACCAGGAGUCUGUCUGUCAUUUAUUUUGUUUUUUUCAUUCAUUUGUAUUCUUCAUUCAUAGUCACUCAGCAAGCCCAGAUUAUAUCAUAAUAAAUGUGAUACCUAGAGCAGACACUUGUUACAAACUCAACAAAUUGAAGCAAUUUAUGUCGCGUCCCCCCCCCCCAUCAGCCUUGAAAGGAGAGAAAGGAGACCGAGGAGUUCCCGGCGUUCCUGGGACACCAGGUGAUCAUUACGAAGGCAUUUACGGGAUCAAGAGCAAGCAGAAAGGAGAAAGGGGGGAGCCGGGAUCCAAGGGCGAGAAGGGAGAGCCAGGUGGAGGAUUCUACGGCCCCCAAUACGCUGGGGUCCAAGGCGUGCCGGGACCUCCGGGGCCACCAGGGCCGAGGGGAGAAUCCAUCAGGGGACCUCCUGGUCCACAGGGGCCACCAGGGACCCCUGGGGUUGGUUACGCUGGACAACCAGGAUAUCCUGGGCCUCCAGGGCCCCCUGGGCCUCCAGGCCCCGCAUCGUUGCCUGGAGCUUACAGGCCCACACACAGCAUCAGUCUCCCCGGGCCCCCGGGGCCACCCGGCCCCCCCGGAGCUCCGGGGCCCAUUUCUGGGGUGCUGGUCUUGAGAUCCUUUGCUGCCAUGGGGGCCACUGCGCGGAGGCAAGCUGAGGGGACGCUCAUAUACGUAGCGGACAGGACCGACCUCUACGUUCGAGUUGGAGAUGGCUUCCGACAAGUCACGCUUGGCGAGUACAAGGCGUUCCCUGGAGACUUGGGCAACGAGGUGGCGGCCGUGCAGACACCUACCGACGCGCACUACUCCCAGGAUAGCUUUACCAACGGUAGAGAACCGGGGCCGGACAGCUACCGCCCAGACACCCGACCACCCCACGAACACGGAUACAGCCGGGAUCCCAUCCCCCUGGACCCCCACAGAUACGCGAGCGGGCCGCAGAGAGGCCCUGGACGUCCCGAGAACCAGCCUGCUAACCACGUUCACGCAGCGGGACCAGGACUGCACCUCAUUGCCCUCAACACACCUCUAACAGGAAGCAUGCGAGAUAUCAGGGGCGUGGACUUCCUGUGCUUCCGGCAGGCACGCGCCGCAGGUCUGAAAGGCACUUUCCGCGCUUUCCUGUCCUCCAGGCUGCAGGACAUCCACAGCGUUGUCCGCAAGUCAGACAGGGACCGCGUGCCCAUCGUCAACCUGCGGGAUGAAGUUCUCUUUGACAGCUGGGAGUCCAUCUUCAGUGAUGCUGAGGGGAAGAUGAAGGACCACGUACCCAUUUACUCCUUCGACGGCAGAGAUCUCAUCAGUGACAGUGCCUGGCCGCUCAAGAUGGUGUGGCACGGCUCGAGCGCCAGAGGUCAGCGGCGGCCGGACGGAUACUGCGAGACGUGGCGCACGGACAGCCGGGAGGCCAGGGGCACGGCCUCCUCCCUGCAGGAGCGGCGCCUCCUCCAGCAGAUGUCAAGCAGCUGCUCGAGCUCCUAUGCCGUGCUGUGCAUCGAGAAUAGCUACGUACCACAGUACAGCAGAUAGGCCGCCACCCCCCAUGGGGGGGAAGAGGGAAGAGAGAGAGAGAGAAAGAAAAGAAAAGAAAAGAAAAAAAACACACACACACA